AUGACAAAAAUUUAUACAAAACGACUAAUAUUAAAAUUAUUUUUAUUAUUUACAAUAUUUUUUACAAUUUUAAUAUCAUUAAAAUCAAUUAUAGAUCAACCUUCAAUAAAACAAGUUCAAAAACAAUUAAAUGAUCAAAUAAAAUUUAAAUUUAAUGAAAUUUAUUAUACAUUUUUAGAAAAUAAAAUUGAUUUAAAUAAUGAUAAAAAAUUUAAUGAAAAUGUUAAUAAAAUUUUAAAUAAUUUAUUGGAAAAUGAUAAAGAAAAUAAAUUUUGGGAUAUAAAUCCAAAUUUAAAUAAUAAUAAUGAUUUACCAUUAACAAUACAAGUACCAAAUUAUGAUUUACAAGAUGAUGAAAAUUUUAAACCAAAAAUUUCAAAAUUUGAUCCAAGAUUAACUAUUGGAAUAUAUUAUAAUUUUAUUAUAAAUUCAAAUAUACAAAAUUUAAUUGAUAUUUCAGUACCAUUCCAUUGGUCAGAUUGGGUUGAUUUAUCAAUUUUAAAUAAAUUUAUAAUGCCUGAAACUAAUUUAUUUGAUAACUCAGAUGUAAAUCAUGAAAUAGAUCAAUGUAAUGAAUUAUUUAAUAUAUCAGGAGAUUCCAAACUUAUAAAAGAUUCACAUAUAAAAAAUAUAAAUAAUUAUUGUAAAUAUCAACCUUUUAAUUUAAUUGGAUUUGAAAUAUUUGAUGAACCAGGACCACAAACUGUUGAAAAUAGAAUUUUAAUUGGUAAAUCAUAUCUUUUACAAAAUGCUCCAUCACCAAAUAAAUUAAUUUUUUUAACUAAUAAUAAUUCAUAUCAAAUAAAUAUAGAAGAUAAAGAUCAUAAUGAUCUAAGUAAUUCUUUAUUAAAUAAUGGAAUGAUUGAAUCUUUGGAGUUGACUUCAAUUAAUUUAAUAGAUACAUAUUCUAAAUUUCAAUCAAUAUCAGCCCCAACAGCUACACCAUUAACAGAUUCAUUAAUUCAUAUACCAGAAGAAAAUUUCAACAUAGAUCCUUCCUCAGAAAUAAAUAAAUUAUUAAAACAAAAUUCAGAAAAUUUAAUGGAUAAACAAUUCCUUCAAUCAUUACAAUAUAGUAUAAAUCAACAAGAUCCAAUAAAAUAUUUUUAUGAAUCAAAAUUAUUAAAUUCAAUUCCAGAUUCAUGGCAAGGUGAACAUUAUGAUUGGAGAUUUUUUAAUGGUAUAAUAUUAGGAAAAGAUGAACAAUCAAUAAUUCUACAUAGAUUAAUUAAAAAUUAUUUAAAUUUUGCAAGAAAUCAUGGUAUUAUUACAUGGAUUGCUCAUGGUUCUUUAUUAAGUUGGUAUUGGAAUGGUUUAGCAUUUCCAUGGGAUGUUGAUAUUGAUGUUCAAGUUCCAAUAUCUGAAUUAUAUAAAUUAGGUCAAUAUUAUAAUCAAUCAAUUAUAAUUGAAAAUACAUUUGAUCAAAAUGAAGAAUUUGAUGGAUUUGGAAGAUAUUUUAUUGAUGUUGGUUCAUCAAUUACCCAUAGAACAAAAGGGAAUGGAAAUAAUGCAAUAGAUGCAAGAUUUAUUGAUUUAGAUACUGGAUUAUAUAUUGAUAUAACAGCAUUAGCAUUAACAGAUUCAAAUUCUCCAGAAAAAUAUAGAAUUGAGGAGAAUUAUGUUGAAGAUGAAGAUAAAUCUAAAGCUAGUUCAUCAUUUUUUAGAUCAUCUCCUAUUCAAAAACCAAUAAAAAAUUUCCAAAAAGUAAAUCAAGAUUUAAAAUUAUAUAAUUGUAGAAAUAAUCAUUUUACAUCCCACCACGAAAUUUCACCAAUUCAUAUAUCAAUUAUUGAAAAUCAAUUAUCAUACCUUCCCAAAAAUUUUAUAAAUAUAUUGAAUAAUGAAUAUAAUAUUUUUGCAAUUAUAAAAAAAUUUCAUAGAAAUUUUACAUAUUUAAAAACUUUAAAAAUUUGGUGUAAUACAAAAAUUUUAAAACAAGUAAGUGGUAUAAAAACAAUUGAUGAUGAAAAUUUAAAAUUUAAAGAACUUAUUAAAUUAAAUUCAAUAUCAAAUUCAAAAAUUUUAGAGUUAUUUAAGUCAUAUCCUCAAAUUUUAAAAGAAUGGAUAAUAACUAAAAAUUUUACAAAUUUACAUAAUGAUGAAUUAAAAAUAUUAAAAUCAAAUUCAAAUUAUCUUAUAGAAGAUAAAAAUGAUUUAAAUUUAAAAAAAAUUGAAAAAUUAAUUGAAUUAAAUUUUAAAAGUAUUGGUAGGAGUUUAAGACCUGAUUAUUUUAUGAAUAAUUUAAUGAUGAUGAAUAAUAAAAAUGAAAAUGAAAUAAUUUAA